AGUUCAGUUUCGAGUCGGACGUUCAGCGAGACGGGAACGCUGAGUGGCUAUGCGAGCGAGCGAGCAUACGCGCGAUCUAACGCUUCUUCGGCAAUCGUAGGGUUUUUGGGCCGCGAACUGUAAAAGUAGGGUUUGGGUGAAUCGAUUAGUUGAUUGCUGGAACGGUUUCGUUGCUUGCACUCGAUUUGCGCGUUGACAUUUUGGGACGGUUGAACGGUACUUUACUUCAGCUCUGGGGCUGGUGAAUGGUUUGGAAACAAUAAGCCAUUUUCAUCACGUUUUAUGAACUGCUAGCAACAGCAGCCGGUUGAGACCCCUUGCCUAAACAGAAAUGAGAAGAAAUACGAGCUGAUAGCGUAGAUAGUGAUACAGUUGAUAGUGAAUUUCUUUAUAUGUGCGCUGCCGUGGAACAGUGAAACCGCACACAUACACCGGGGAAAGAAGAAGCAACUUACCUGGAGCGAGCAGCCAGUGCCAGUGGUGGUAGCAGUUUCAACGAGGAGCAGCCUCACCUUACCCAUUAGCACCUCCGCCCUGUGGUGGCCGACCGUAGAGGAAAACUGUUGUGCAGCGAUGCGUGAAAUUUAGGUGUUUUCCAUCGGCUCGACCGGCUGUCAGCGAGCAACGGAGCCAUUUGUAUUCGAGUGCUUCAAUUACGACGAGUGGAUUUGUCGACGACGAGGUUGGGGCUGGUAAAUGAAAAAUACCUCGGUGAAAAAUCUGGUUUCAAUUGAUUCAAGUGCCAUUUAGUGUAUAUCUGUGAGUGUGUGUUUGUUUGAUACCAAGUGCGAUUGUAACGUGCAAAUAUCAUCACCGACAGCAAGAAAAAUCCAAAGUUUUCAUACCAAAAUGAUACAAGUAGUGUUGGUGCAAGUUGCAAAUGAUUUCACCGGCGUCUGGUGAAUGCCAUGCACGACGAUAUAAGCAUUAGUGGAAAGUUAAUCUGAUCCAACCCAAAGUAUAUACAACGAAAAUUGCAUGAAGCGAGACGAGGAACGAGCUCGCAAGAUGUGGAGAGAUAUCGGAGUGGCUGCCAUGCAGCAACAGCAGCACGCUGGUCCGAACUCUAUGCAUCACCAUCCCCAUUAUAACAACGGAAACGGUCCAGGACCGGGAACGCCCAGCAAUCCGCACUGGAACCAACCGGGUUAUCGCAACUCGUACAGCUUGCCGCACCCCAACCAAAAUCCCGGCCAAAACGGGCGCUUCCAGCAGCAUUACGAAAUUAAGCCUCUUUCGCAAUCUCCGUCGUUUCAAGAGAUUUCAACCGGGAACUACAACGGAAGUUCCCCGUACCCCAUGAAGCCGAGGCCCCUGUCGAUGUACGAAAUUGGCAAUGGGUCUCCCAGUCAGCAGUUACACUCGCUACCUCCCAGCUUUGUGCCACAUCAGAACCGACCCAGCAACAACGGUCGGCCAUCUAUGGCGGGUCCUACCGCGCCCCAAUCGCGACAGCAAUUACAACAGCAGCCGCAGCAACCUUCGAACGCUCUGCGACAGCAGCCGGAAGAAUUGAAAGUCGAUCCGGAAUUAAUCUUCACAAAGCAGGAACGAAUUGGUAAAGGAUCAUUCGGUGAAGUAUUCAAAGGCGUCGACAACAGGACACAGCAGGUUGUGGCAAUCAAAAUAAUCGACCUAGAGGAAGCAGAAGAUGAGAUCGAAGACAUACAACAGGAAAUUAUGGUGCUAUCACAGUGUGAUUCUCCCUUUGUCACGAAGUACUUUGGAUCAUACCUUAAGGGUACAAAGCUAUGGAUCAUCAUGGAAUACCUCGGUGGCGGAUCGGCCCUGGACCUGAUGAAGGCCGGCCUGUUCGAAGAAAUGCACAUAGCCAUCAUCCUGCGAGAAGUCCUCAAAGGUCUCGAUUACCUCCACUCGGAACGGAAACUCCACCGUGAUAUCAAGGCCGCGAACGUGUUACUCAGCGAGCUGGGUGACGUGAAGCUGGCGGAUUUUGGCGUUGCCGGUCAGCUCACCAACACGACCUCCAAGCGAAACACAUUCGUUGGGACGCCGUUCUGGAUGGCACCGGAGGUGAUCAAACAGUCUAUGUACGACUCCAAGGCGGACAUCUGGUCGCUGGGGAUAACCGCCAUCGAGCUAGCCAAAGGUGAGCCACCCAACUCGGAACUGCAUCCGAUGAGGGUGCUCUUUCUGAUCCCGAAAAACAACCCCCCGCAACUGACCGGUAGCUAUACCAAGCCAUUCAAAGACUUCGUCGAAGCGUGCCUAAACAAAGACCCGGAAAAUAGACCGACGGCGAAAGAGUUACUAAAGUUUCCCUUCAUUAAGAAAGCAAAAAAGAACGCAUACCUGAUAGACUUGAUAGAUCGGUACAAGAAAUGGAAAUCACAGAAGGGAGAAGAGAGCGAAACGGAAUCGGAAAAUUCAGACUCUGAGGAAUCGAAACCUGACAGCGACCUGGACGAACCAUGGAUAAUGACGGUGAAGGGAAUGCACUUCAACAACUUUAACAAAGGAUCGAUGGACGACCCGCUGGGAUCACCGGUGAAACACAAUGGCACGGGCAACAAUAUGAUGGUACUAGGGAACGCGAGGGACCGAGAUCGAGAUAGGGACUACAAUUUGAACCAACAGAAAACGAGUCAGCCACGAACACCCACGUCGCCAUCACAUCAGUCGCAGACGACGUCCGCGCUAAUAUCUUCCAACAGUAACAGUAACAACCGGAAGCAACAGCUAGUCUCGGAUCGGGAACCAACGUCACCCCAGAAGGACAUCGGUGGCCACUAUCCGAACGAGCGGACAAGUCUGGAACGGCAACGGGAGAGCGAAAAGGAACGCGAACGGGAACGGGAACGAGACCGGAUAGAGCGGGAACGGGAGCGCGAGAGGGAGCGGGAGCGGGAAAGGGAGCGAGAACGUGAACGGGAAAAGGAAAUCGAGCGGGAGAACAAGGAAAGGCGAGGUUCAAAGGAGGUAUCCAACCAUCGAGGGGACAGUGAGGAGAAGAUCAGCAGUUUGCGACGAGAUCGCGAAAUUAGUCACAGCAAUGGUAAUCCCAGAAGCAACAGUAUUACAAAUGUAAAUAACAACUCCAAGAGUCGGACAAAUAGCGGUUGCUUGAAGUCGAUCAUUUUCCCCCUGCUAUCGGAGAUGCAGCGAAGUUACUCCAGUUCCAGCAGUGCGGAGCUGAGUGACCUGCGGAUCGCGUUCGAGAAGGCCGAACUGACCUGCCCCGGGGUGAACGAUUUGUUCGUGAAGGAAAUCAUCCACAAACUGGUGCCCGGUUUCUCCGAGACCCGGAUCAAUACGCUUAUAGACAAAGUGACGCGAGAUUCCAAAGUGAAGCGAUAAGCGAUCCCUAACUGUGUGUGAUUGGUGUGGACCCAUAAUCGUAGUGGUUUGAGUAAUUUGAGUAUUCCAAUGCAAGACGAUCGAACGGUGUGACACGCGAAUCAAUAGCUACGACUCACGUUGACCGAAGCGUGCAUUGUUGACCCCACGAAAGAAAUAUAUGUACUAAAUGUGUCAGUUAUGGAAAUAAUAAGGGACGAUGUUUGUAAAUAUCUUUAUGUAUUUUGAUAAAUCAUUAAAAGAUUAACAAGAUUAUUUAUUUUAAAAUUCUUGUUUCGUAGUUACAUAGUCUUCUCCGACUUUACUGUCACUAUUAGUUAGCAAUCCUAAUUGGAGAUUUUCUCAUUCGUGGUAUGCAUGAAACAACAAUGAUAAAAUAGCAGCGUAGUAGUUUCAAACCUGCAAUCUGACGACUUAUGACAAUAUGUCUUUUUUGAACACAUCAGUAGUAGUCUGUAGUAGAUUAGCUAUAUUGGUCAUUCUAAAGAGUGGAGCAAAUGGUCAUCUUUUUUGAGUUGCACUCUUAACGGUAGAGUAUCGUGUAGUCCACAGUUCAGUAAAUCACUUUUUGACAUUCUGGAACGCUGUUACUAUCAUCCUUAUGUAAAUAUUCUGUAAAAACAAUUAUUAGAAUUCAAAAUUUGCGUUGUUGCAAAGUAGGGCGCAUCAACAUUCUUCCAUUAGUUUAGCUUAGAGUUGGUAAAUUUCAUAACAAUAUUUUUGGGCAAAUGAUUCUAAAUUUUACUUUUCUUUUUUACCCAGACGAAACCCUACAUCGUCGUCCAAGAUGACCGUUCUUUACUAGAGUGCGUUUAUUCGUACACAAACCUGAGCAGAUUUGUUCAAUGUUUGGCAUUCCAUCAUUUUCGAUUGUUGUUGAAAAUAUUUUGAUCGCAAUUUUAUAUACUUUGCUAGUUUGAAUUUUGUUUUAUAUUACAUAUUUUUUCCUGUUUCAUGACGCUUUUGCAUUUUUGUUGAUCAAAAAUUGUUUUUUUUUUGUCACUGAUAAACGAGCGAGCUAGGAAAGCUGUCCAUUACGGCGACUGCAGUGAACUUAGUCAGCAGCUGAUGUUAUUAAGCUAAGUAGUUAGUUUCGUUGAACAACUUCCCUUCACAUCCAACGUACGUAUGACCAUAAUAAAAGAAAUGAAAGAGACAGGAAUAUUAUGUGAAAAGUACAGAAACAGAUAAAUAGUUAUCAAUGUAGUCUAGCCAGGAGGGGAAUUUAUGGAUGCAGGCGUGAGUGUUAUAAUAAUUUUAUUAAGAAUUCUUCAGUAUGUAACGAUGACUGUAAAACAAACGGUGGAGUAGGAACUAGCUGUGAAUGUGUAGUACGAAAUGUUGGCGAUGGGAAGGAAAAUAGAAAGGCAAAUAUGAAAUAUUUAAAUUGAUACAUACGGAAGGAUACUAAUUUAAAUAGGUAUAUACAACUGAAAUCCAUUUCAAGAUAGAAAACAAAUCAACAAACACGCAAACAGUUUGAUUUUUUUGCAAAACUAAACAGAAACCCAAGUAUAAACUUCAGGAAUCAAAUGAACAGCUAGAGCACUGUUAAUAAUAAUUAAUAUAUAAAAAAGAAUAUAGCAGCAACAACAAAAACAAACCAUCAAUAGGCUUUCAAAAUCCAGAACACUUUUGGAGUGUUGAAAUAUUUCAAUUGCCGGAAACAAUUCAUGUUAUCACGUGCACGAGUAAAAAUAUGUAUAAAGUGAUACAAAUCAGCAAACAAGAAAUCGCUGAUAUUUUUUGAUGCCCAACAAAAGAAUAAACGGAUAUCCAAUAAGAAAACUUGUUUUCGAAAACGAUUAUUGGUUUCCUCAAGUAAUAAAAUAGGUCAUGGCGUUCACAUUUGUAACGUACAUAUUCCAAUGUUGUCGAGUGACGUGCUAGUUGAACAAAUUCCUUUGAAAUGUUUGGGUACUGAAUCCGGAGGCGAAAGAAUUAAUAAUAAAAUCAGUCGUAAAUUAAAUCAAA